UGUCAUUACCAGGCAGGCAGGCAGCCCUCCCUUAUUUUCUCUUCUAUCUGUUCCUCGUUUCUCACUUACUUUCCUUUUUCUCUUUCUCUCAUCAACACGAACAAACGCCCACCUGCUCUCCAAAACCGUUUCCUUUUCUUUUCUUUUUUUAUCCUUUUCUUUCCUUUAACAAACCAAGAUUUUUUUUCUUUUUUGUUUUGAUCUAUCUGAUAAAUUUCUAGUUUUCAGUUUUUAUAGUUUUUUUUUUUCUUACAGUUUCUAUUUUCAUCUUGAUUUUUUUUUUUAAAUAAUUUCUGGUCAAUGUAGUUUCAUUUUUCCGUCUUUCAGAUUAGGGUUUUGAUUCUGUUGGUAACCUAAUUGAUCAUUUCUAGGUUUCUUUUUCCCCUUCCAAACCAUUCAUAUGAUUAAUCAUAAAGAUCUCUUUUUGUUGAUUAGAAAGGAAAAAAGAAUAAGAAAAGGCUCAAUUUUUUAAAAGUUCUUAUCUUCAAUUUUGUCUCUUUGGUUUUGUCUUUUUAAUUUUGUGGAUUAAGUGAAUUGUUAAAAAGUUAAGUUCUUUCUCAUUAUUUAGGAGGAAAUAGGAAGACCCGUGUACAGCUCAAUUUCGUAAAUCUGUUAGUUUUUUGGUGGGGGGAUGAAUGUUUGGUUGGAUGGGGGAUUUUGCAUAAGGAAAAGGUGAUUAGGGCGCAAAUCUAAGUCUAUUUAGUAAUAUUUAGGUUCUGGGCUGUAUUCCUUAACAAUGGAGAAAUCGAAGCUUGACCAUAUUGUUGGUGGCAAGUUUAAGCUAGGAAGAAAGAUUGGCAGUGGAUCUUUUGGAGAGCUUUAUCUGGGUGUAAAUGUGCAAACGGGAGAAGAGGUUGCUGUUAAGCUGGAAUCUGUGAAGACUAAGCACCCACAGCUUCACUAUGAGUCGAAGUUGUAUAUGCUUCUUCAAGGAGGAACUGGAAUUCCACAUCUCAAAUGGUUCGGAGUUGAGGCUGACUACAAUGUCAUGGUUAUCGACCUUCUUGGACCGAGUUUGGAAGAUCUAUUCAACUAUUGCAACAGGAAAUUUACACUGAAAACAGUAUUGAUGCUUGCAGAUCAACUUAUUAAUAGAGUUGAAUAUAUGCAUUCUAGAGGUUUCCUUCAUCGUGAUAUAAAGCCCGACAACUUUUUGAUGGGCCUAGGCCGCAAAGCAAAUCAGGUAUAUGUCAUUGAUUUUGGCCUUGCAAAGAAGUAUAGGGAUCUUCAGACUCACAAACACAUCCCAUACAGAGAAAACAAGAACCUCACCGGCACAGCUCGCUAUGCAAGUGUCAAUACUCACCUUGGAGUUGAACAAAGCAGACGGGAUGAUUUGGAGUCUCUUGGUUAUGUUCUUAUGUAUUUUCUAAGAGGAAGUCUUCCCUGGCAAGGAUUAAAGGCUGGCACAAAAAAGCAAAAAUAUGAUAAGAUCAGUGAAAAGAAAGUUUCAACUCCUAUAGAGGUUCUUUGUAAAUCAUACCCAUCUGAGUUUGUAUCAUAUUUCCACUAUUGUCGAGCAUUGCGGUUUGAAGACAAACCAGACUAUUCCUAUUUGAAGAGGCUGUUUCGAGAUUUAUUUAUUCGAGAAGGUUAUCAGUUUGACUAUGUUUUUGACUGGACGGUUUUGAAGUACCCUCAAAUCAGUUCCAGCUCUAGAGGAAGGCAUUCCAAUGCGAAACCAGGCAAUCCAGGACCAUCCGCAGAAAGACCCACAGAAAAGGUCUCAGUUGGGAAAGAGAUUCGAGAUAGAUUGUCAGGUGCAGUUGAAGCAUUUUCUACAAGAAAGAUUGCUAGUUCUAGUCCACAUGACAGUUUCAGAAACAAGUCUUCUGAUAAUCACAUGCAGCAACCUGAGCCCGAGAAAGGGCGCAGCUCAUCUCGAUAUGGCAGCAACACUAGAAAAGCAGUAAUCUCAAGCAGUAGGCCAAGCUCUUCUGGUGAACCCAGUGAAGGUCGGUCUAGCAGGUUACUCUCAGGCAGUGGCCGUCUGACCUCUUCACAUAGAAUCCAACCAGGUUAUGAGCCCAAAUCGUCUCAUACGACUGCUCGUGCUGUGGCUUCUAAAGGGUCUCGUGAGGACACUUUCCGCAGCUUUGAGCUUCUCUCAAUCAGGAAGUGAUGAGAGUUUGAUGUCAGUGAGAAGAUACCAUACAUGCUUAAGCAUCACAUUGCAUUGCAUAGAUAAAAAUACUUUUUCCAUGUCAAGCAAGCUAUGGAAUUUAUUAUCUUGCCAUUGUAUAUGGAAUUUCACUUGAUGACUGCCAUCUCUUGGACAGUAUUUCACAUCUUUAAGAACAACAUUACCUAUCUUGUUUCUGCUUCCUGCCCUUUAUGUUCUCUCAAGAGUGUCUCGACUGUUGUAACGUGUUCUGGAAACAUUGAAGAAGAGAAUUAUGUAAGGACCUUUUUGUUCUCUUAUAUCGAACUUUAUUGUCAUUACCUCA